AUGUUAUCGCUUUCGGCUUAUAGGGAUCUGGAUGUGUUACGGUUUGUGGCGGAAUCAGCAGCUCAGGAGAAUCUUACAACUACAUCAGUCGAUCUGAAUAGGAUUCUCAUGUCGUUAGGAGAGACCUACGCCGAGGUCCUUUCUGACGCAGAGAGGAGUAUGUGUGAUCGUUUUACAGCUGGGCGUAGGGUCUUAGAGCAAUACAUCAAUGACCCCGAACUUGCUCUCCAUAUGACUGAGGAAGAUAAAGAGGAAUAUGCUGUGGCAGAGCGGCAUGUUUCUCGGACGCUGGAGCAGAUGAUCCUGCUUAUGCUCAAGUUCCGUCCCCACCACGUGCUAUGUAUAACAACUCCGUCUCUCCUGAACAACAUGGGUACGGAACAUGGUGCCUUCGCCGGAUGUAGUGGUCGAUUUAAAGUCCUCAUAGGCGACGAAGCGUCAUCGUGA